AUGCCCGGUAAAUUGGAUGAACGUAUAACAACACAUCCGAUAUUGGGUAGUCCAUGGCCAAUGAUAUUCUCAAUACUGACAUAUCUUUUUGUAAUCUUAAAAUUGGGACCGUUGUUUAUGAAAAAUCGACAACCAUUUAAAGUUGAAAGAUAUAUGCAACUAUACAAUGUAGUACAGAUUUUAUUAAACGCAUGGAUAUUUUGUACCCUCAUUCGUUACACCGUUCUACAAUCGGAUUAUAGUUACAAAUGUCAACCAUAUGAUCCUACAGACCGACGAGACGUGACUCUGAAACUUGUCCUGCCAACAGUAUUGUAUUAUGUGUCGAAAUAUUUGGAUAUGUUGGAUACAAUAUUCUUCCUAGUGCGCAAGAAAUAUAAUCAAAUAACAUUCCUACAUUUGUAUCAUCAUUCGAUAAUGAUCUUUGGUACAUAUAUGUAUAUGUCACAAUUGUUUGCAUUUAGAAUGUUUUAUGUUAUAAAAUAUUUAUAUGGUUUAUUGGCCAAACUUUAUGCCGAUCAUGCGGAUCCACGUGUUAAAGACCUGCCUUUAAUCUAUUCACCAUUGGCCCCGCUCUCCAUUAUAGCCUUGUAUUUAUUGUUUGUGCUAAAAUAUGGCCCGAAAUGGAUGGAAAAACGCCAACCAUUCGAAUUGAAAAAUAUAAUGCGUAUCUACAAUGGCAUACAAGUUAUAGCCAACUUGAUUUUAUUUAUUAUCGCCAUUCCAAAUUCAUAUGGUCAUAAAAACUUUAGCUUUCGCUGCCAACCACCAGAUCCAACAAAUACCGAGCCGUGGAUGAUGCGCUGCCUUUAUGUAACCUAUGGCUAUUAUUUAACAAAGUAUUUGGACCUUUUCGAUACGAUAUUUAUUGUGCUGCGUAAAAAGACUCAGCAGGUGACAUUCCUGCAUGUCUAUCAUCAUGCCGGUAUGGUGUUUGGAGUCUAUAUUUAUACAACAUUUUUGCCAGGAAGUCACUCAACAAUGUUGGGUGUCAUAAAUCUGCUCGUACACACGGUGAUGUAUUCGUAUUAUUUCAUUGCCUCGAUACGACCCACGACACAGACACUAUGGUGGAAGCGACACAUUACACAAUUACAGUUGGCACAAUUCGCCUAUUUGGUAUUCCACUUUUUGCAAGUUCUUGUCAACAAUACCUGCGAUCAUCCGUUUCUAGUGGCGUUGGUUGGAUUUAUUCAGAAUAUCUUUAUGUUUGCACUAUUCUUUGAAUUCUAUUACAGAGCAUACAUGAAAAAGGAUAAGAGCAGGAGGAAGGAGGCUAAAAUAGCAAACGAUAUGGGCGUAAAUGAGAAUAAAUUGAAAGCUAGUUAG